AUGCGGUCAGCUGUGGUUCUCCUUUUGCUUCCCGCGGCCAUAGCCACGGGCGCUGGCGACUAUGGGAACUAUAUCUCAAAGUAUGGAGACUUCCACCAGUACAUCAGCGACUAUGCAGGCAACUACGCGGGCAACUAUGCAGGCAACUACGCCAGCGACUAUGUGCCGUCUCAGGGCCAGGCACACAAAGAGUCCUCGCCGGUGAGUUUCGCCGCCAGCGACGACUCCAAAGCCCCGGCUCACAAGAGCAGCGAACACAAGGCCGACGCCGAGAGCUCUGCCCCCCAGGGCGGCGCCAUGGGCAACUACCAGAAGUACUCCUCUCAGUUCCAGAAGAACCAGGGGGACUACGAGAUGUACAUGGCCCAGUACAUGGCGGGGUUCCUGCAGUACUUGCAAUACAUGAACACCCGCGGCCAGGGUGCCCAAGGUGACUACCAGAAGUACAUGGCCGAUUACCAGAAGUACAUGGGCGGCCAGGGUGGUAGUGGUGGCAGUGGUGGCUACCAGCAGUACAUGUCCGGCUUCCAGAAGUACAUGCAGGGCCAAGGCAACGGAGACUAUCAGAAGUUUAUGGCGCAGUACGCACAGGAUUUCCAGAAGUACAUGCAAGGCCAGGGCAAGGGCGGCCAGGGCGACUACCAGAAGUACAUGUCGGACUUCCAGCAGUACAUGAAGGGACAAGGCGGCAAGUACCAGAAAUACAUGUCCAUGUACUCGGCGGAUUUCGACAAGUACAUGCAAGGCCAGGGACAAGGAGGCAGCCAGGGGGGCUACCAGAAGUACAUGUCCCAGUAUGGGUCUGAUUUCGAGAAGUACAUGCAAGGCCAAGGAAAGGGUGGCGCGGGGGACUACCAGAAGUACAUGUCCCAGUACGGGUCCGAUUUCAAGAAGUACAUGCAAGGCCAAGGAAAGGGUGGCGCAGGGGACUACCAGAAGUACAUGUCCCAGUACGGGUCCGAUUUCAAGAAGUACAUGCAAGGCCAAGGAAAGGGUGGCGCAGGGGACUACCAGAAGUACAUGUCCCAGUACGGGUCCGAUUUCAAGAAGUACAUGCAAGGCCAAGGAAAGGGUGGCGCAGGGGACUACCAGAAGUACAUGUCCCAGUACGGGUCUGAUUUCGAGAAGUACAUGCAAGGCCAAGGAAAGGGUGGCGCGGGGGACUACCAGAAGUACAUGUCCGACUUCCAGCAGUACAUGAAGGGGCAGGGAGGCCAAGGAAAGGGUGGCGCGGGGGACUAUCAGAAGUACAUGUCCGACUUCCAGCAGUACAUGAAGGGGCAAGGAGGCAGCCAGGGGGGCUACCAGAAGUACAUGUCCCAGUACGGAUCUGAUUUCGAGAAGUACAUGCAAGGCCAAGGAAAGGGUGGCGCCGGGGACUAUCAGAAGUACAUGUCCGACUUCCAGCAGUACAUGAAGGGGCAAGGAGGCAGCCAGGGCGACUACCAGAAGUUCAUGUCCCAGUAUGCUUCGGAUUUCCAGAAAUACAUGCAAGGCCAGGGCAAGGGUGGCGCCGGGGACUACCAGAAGUACAUGUCCGACUUUCAGCAGUACAUGAAGGGACAAGGAGGAAGCCAGGGCGACUAUCAGAAGUUUAUGUCCCAGUAUGCGUCAGACUUCCAGAAGUACAUGCAAGGCAUGGGCAAGGGCGCCCAGGGGGACUACCAAAAGUACAUGUCCGACUUCCAGCAGUACAUGAAAGGAGGCCAGGGCAAGGGCGUCCAGGGAGACUACCAGAAGUACAUGUCCGACUUCCAGCAGUACAUGAAGGGCCAGGGCUCCCAGAAGGGCAGCGCGGGCGACUAUGAGAAGUACAUGUCGCAGUACAAGCAGUACAUGGGCCAGGGCGGCCAGGGCAAGGCGGAGGCCGGCGACAAGAAGCACAUUGCGCAGGGCUCGCACGCCAAGCACGCGAAGGACGAGAGCUCCAAGAAGGAGUCGAAGGAGUCCAAGGAAGAGUCCAAGGAGUCCAAGGAAGACAAGGAUGCGCCCGCAGCCUUUCUUGCGGAGCCCGAGAACUCCAGGCACCUGUUGUUUGCUCCCGUGCUCCUUGUGGCAGUGGCUGCCUCAGCGUUCGUCUACAUGGAGUACCAGAAGAGGUCCUUGUCCUCCAGGAAUCUGGGGGGGGACUACAUGCUCCAGCUGGAGCCCAUGAACGUCUGA